GGAGGAGGGUGGUGGUUGUUGUUUGUGUUGUUUGUUGUGUUGUUGUGUUGUUGUUUGUGUUGUGGUGAGUGUUGUGUUGUUGUUUGUGUUGUUGUUGUACACUGCUAGUAUAUAGUAGAGAGUGUGUGAGUGGUGGUGGUAGUGAGUGUUGUUGUUGUUUGUGUUGUUGUUUGUGUUGUUGUUGUUUGUGUUGUUGUUGUUGCUAUCGGACAUGAGCUUGACCCGUCAAGAGGCCUACACGGCGCUGGGACUUCCCAAUGGAGCCCCUGAAGCAGAAAUUAAAUCCGCAUACAAGAAGCUCGCUCUGGAAUGGCAUUCAGAUAAGAAUAAUCACAGCAGUGACACUGCUACCAUUAGAUUUCAGCAAGCUACAGGAGCAUACCAACUCCUUGCUGCGGAGAAAACGGAGGCUCACAUGAGCUUGGAGGACAUACUGGAUUUAUUGAACAUGAUGUUUUUUGGAGCUAUGGGUGGAUUCCCAUUUCAUCGUCGGCGUUUUGUAUUCUCCAAUGGAGAUCGAGACAGGUUUUACAUCUCGGAUGACGGCAAUGUGGAUGACCUGUUGAACCCAAGCGGGGGUUCUCACGAACCCAGCGCCUAUCCCUGCCAGAGCAGCCGUGAACCUUACCAUCGUACGCAAGCCAGCAGCAGUAACACCUCCACAGCUCACACGACUCCACCUUUGCUCGCACCGGUGACAGUGGCCAAGUCGCCUUACAAGGGCGGCAUCCGCAAGCCCCUUGCCAUGGGGGAGGUCGUGAAGAAAAAGCGAAAAGUUUUGCAUCUGUCGGACUCCGAGGGCUCGGACAGCAUGGAUUUUACGGUCGACGAAGAGCUGCUCGCAAGUGUGUCGGGCGUGAUGCCGUCCAAGCGAACUGAGCAGGCCAGGGCAGCAGGCAAGAUGAGAUCUGCCGUCGUUGUCACGCGUGUCAAGACG